AUGGCUCACUGUAUGAGAGUUUUGCAUGGCCAAGGUAGCAGGACGAGGGCUGUGCUCCUGGAUAUUCAACAAAGAUGCUUCAGCGUGUCUCCCCUCACCGCUGCAGCCGCUCAGGUUGCUAUGUCGAAAUUUGACAAAGCCCCACUGCCAUACGAGAAAUUGACAAAAAAUUUGGAAAUAGUAAAGAAGAGGUUAGGUCGAGAUAUGACCUUGUCGGAAAAGGUGCUCUAUUCUCAUCUGGAUGACCCCAAGAGACAGGACAUUGAGCGAGUUGGUGGUGACAAAGACUUGGCAAGAGCUAAGGACCUCAACAAAGAAGUAUACAAAUUCCUGGAAACCGCAGGUGCUAAAUACGGUGUAGGAUUCUGGAAACCAGGCUCUGGUAUUAUCCAUCAGAUCAUCUUGGAGAAUUAUGCUUUCCCUGGUUUGCUCAUGAUAGGCACAGACUCUCACACACCCAAUGGUGGAGGUCUGGGAGGACUUUGCAUAGGUGUUGGUGGUGCAGAUGCUGUUGACGUAAUGGCUGACAUUCCAUGGGAGCUGAAAUGCCCCAAGGUCAUUGGUGUUAGAUUGACUGGUCAGCUGAAAGGCUGGACAAGUCCAAAAGACGUGAUCCUGAAGGUAGCCGGUAUCUUAACCGUGAAAGGAGGUACUGGCGCUAUCGUAGAGUACCAUGGACCAGGUGUUGAUUCCAUCUCCUGCACCGGAAUGGCCACUAUCUGCAAUAUGGGAGCUGAAAUUGGUGCUACCACCAGUGUGUUCCCGUACAACUCCCGCAUGGAAGCGUACCUUAAAUCAACUGGACGCCACGAUAUCGCAGCCACCGCAAAUUCUUACAAACAUUUGCUGACACCUGAUCCCAAGGCACCAUAUGACCAGCUUAUCGAAUUAGAUUUAUCAACUCUCGAACCCCAUGUAAACGGUCCCUUCACACCUGAUCUGGCCAACCCUAUCUCGAAGUUGGGUGAAGCUGCUAAAAAGAAUAAUUGGCCUGUGGACAUCCGAGUUGGUCUCAUUGGAUCUUGUACUAACUCCUCAUACGAAGACAUGGGUCGCUGUGCCAGCAUUGUUAAAGAGGCAAUAAGCCAUGGUCUGAAAUCCAAGAUUCCAUUCAACGUAACACCCGGCUCUGAGCAAGUUCGCGCCACCAUUGAGAGGGAUGGCAUUGCACAGACUCUAAGGGACUUUGGAGGCACUGUGCUAGCAAACGCCUGCGGACCUUGCAUCGGACAAUGGGACCGUAGAGAUGUUAAAAAGGGCGAGAAGAAUACGAUCGUGACGUCAUACAACCGUAACUUCACCGGACGUAACGACGCGAACCCGGCCACGCACUGCUUCGUCACCAGCCCCGAGCUGGUCACCGCUUUGUCUAUUGCUGGUCGCCUGGACUUUAACCCACUGUCUGAUGAACUUACGGGCUCUGAUGGCAAGAAGUUCAAGCUGUCGGAUCCCUUCGGUGAUGAACUCCCUACAAAGGGCUUUGACCCUGGCCAGGACACCUACCAACACCCACCUGCUGAUGGCAAAAAGGUGAAUGUCGACGUUUCACCCACUUCCGACCGGCUGCAGCUCUUGGAACCAUUCGACAAGUGGAAUGGCAAGGACCUCACCGACAUGACAAUUCUCAUCAAAGUGAAGGGCAAGUGUACCACUGACCACAUCUCAGCGGCUGGACCCUGGCUCAAGUACAGAGGACAUCUCGACAACAUCUCUAACAAUAUGUUUAUCACCGAUAUAAAAAUUUCUUUGAAAGUAGAUGGACAGCCGUUAGUUUUCAAAGUCGAUACCGGUAGUCGCAUUUCCACAAUAAGUGAACGGUUUUAUUUGUGUCAUUUUCCGUAUAAAUCCCUUAUCAAAGAUAAUGUAAGAUUACAUAGUUAUGUCGGUUCGCGAAUCGAAUCUUUGGGUUUUAUAUCGGUCAAUGUAGCAUUGGGAGAGGUCAGAAAAAAAAAUUGUUCUUUAUAUGUAAUUCGUAACGGAGGAUGCCCUUUAAUAGGUAGACAAUGGAUUCGAGCUCUUGAAAUAAAUCAAAUUAAUAUUAGUGUUAAUGAAAUUCUAGAUGAUUCAUUCGUGAGCCGACUCAUUAGCGAAUUCCCCGAAGUGUUUACAGAUAAGUUAGGCACUUGUACCGAAAGCGUUCAACUACAGCUCAGUGACGAACAACCUGUGUACGUGCGCGCGCGGCCCGUGCCAUUGGCGCUUCGAUCCCGGGUCGAACAGGAGCUGAGGAGGCUUGAGGCCGAGGGUACCAUUUUUAAGGUGGACCACUCCGAGUAUGGUACUCCUAUAGUACCGGUUAUAAAAGAAAACGGCGAUAUACGAAUUUGUGGAGAUUAUAAAAUUACGAUAAAUCCAAAGCUCAAGCGGGAGUUUUAUCCGUUACCGCGAAUUGAAGAACUUUUUGCCAAAUUAAGUGGUGGUGAAGAAUUUUCGAAAAUUGAUCUAAAAAAUUCCUAUCAACAAUUACUGCUAACGGAGGAUUCUCGGCGUUACACUGCAAUUACUACCCAUCUAGGCACAUUCGUAUAUCGUCGAACCCCAUUUGGGUUGUCGUGUGUUCCCGAAAAAUUCCAGAAAAUUAUGGAAGAGACACUCAGCGGUAUACCCGGUACGGUAGUUUUUUUGGACGACGUUUGUGUCACGGGAGCUACGCGAAAUAAACAUCUGAGUAAUUUACGAGCUGUACUUGAACGGUUGCGAACUAUGGGCUUUACCGUUAAAUCCGAAAAAUGUAAGUUCUUACAAAAAAGUGUAAAGUACCUAGGUUUUAUUAUUGACAAGCAGGGAUUGCACUCCGAUCCGAAAAAGAUGGAAGCCAUUUCUAAUGCUCCGACACCACUGAAUGUAACCCAAUUAAAAAGUUUUCUUGAUCUCCUUAAUUACUAUGGCAAGUUUAUUCCUAAUCUCAGUACCAUUUUACAUCCCUUACAUUUGUUAUUAAACAAAGGAGUUAAUUGGAAAUGGACUUCAAAAUGCGAGCAGGCCUUCCGAGAAGCUAAAAGAGCUUUGUUGGGCGAAAAGGUUUUGGCUCACUAUGAGGAAGGGCGGCCACUGGUUCUGUCGGUGGACAGCAGUGCGUAUGGGCUGGGCGCAGUCCUAGCACACGUAUACCCCGACGGCACCGAGCGACCGGUCAGCUGUGUAUCGCGUACGCUUAAUGCUUCAGAAAAAAAUUAUAGUCAAUUAGAUAAAGAGGCUCUGGCCAUAUUUUUUGGAAUAACGAAACACCACCAAUAUGUAUUCGGUCGACGCUUUGUUUUACGAACGGAUCAUCAGCCGUUAAGUUACAUUUUUGGGAAAAGAGGCGGGAUACCACAAACGGCAGCCAGUCGCUUACAGCGGUGGGCUGCCCGAUUGGCCGCCUAUGAUUUUUCAGUGGAGUUUGUUCGCUCGGCUGCUAACGGCCCGGCCGACGCGCUGUCCCGCCUUCCUCUGCCAACCGAACGUCACCAGUCCGCGGUCACGUCUUACAUUAAUUUACUGGAAGAUACUAUCCCGGUAAACUUCAAGGAUAUUAGUAUAGAAACAAAAAAGGAUACGGUAUUGAGCCGAAUUACAGGCUAUGUAAUGUUCGGUUGGCCCUUCUCGACCAAAUGCGACGACGAGAAGCCGUACUUUGAUAGAAAGCAAGAAAUGUUGCUUGAUCUAGGCUGCUUGAUUUAUAAAUAUCGCGUCGUAAUCCCUCCCUCACUAAGGGAACGAGUUUUAUUGGAAAUUCAUGAGGGUCAUUUAGGAAUGAAUAAAAUGAAAAAUCUAGCUCGAAAUUACAUCUAUUGGCCUGGUAUAGACCAGGACAUAGAAAACUUAUGUCGUAAUUGCCAAGCGUGUUGCUCAGUUCGUGAUAGUCCUCCCCGAGCCGUUCUGCAUCCAUGGGAAUUCCCUCUAAAUCCGUGGCAACGUUUGCAUGCAGAUUUUGCCGAAUACGUGGGCAAGAAAUAUCUCAUAGUUAUAGACGCCCAUUCGAAAUGGAUAGAGGUAGUACCGUAG